GCUGUAAGAUACCUUAGCGCGCUCUCGUUGAAAAAAAAGGUAGGAUCGUGGUCUCAGUGAUCGUGGCCAUUCCUGAGCUGAAAACGGGAUAAACAGAUAAUGAUAAACCCCUUAUCAGCAACAGAUGCUUCAACUGCCUGGCUCACUCUUCAUCCUCAACAUGUCUAUUGUUGGUAACAGUUGUAAGAAAUCAAUGGUUAGUACAUGCACUUUCUGCAGAUUGAUCCAUAACAGUCAACUCUACCGCUCGCCUAAUGCUGUGGUGCUUAGGAAAAUACUACCAAAGUUAAAUGGAUCCACAGGUUCAUUACCAUUGUCAACAACAUCUGUCAGAAAACACUUGCCCAGUGAUGACAGUGCAAGUUCCAAACAAGUGGAAUCGUAUUCAUCAUCGUCAUCAUCAUCAUCACCAUCAUCAUCAACACCUGCUGAUUCGCCAUCAGACUCCUCCCAACUGAGAAUGAAUGCAAUCAACAUUCAGAUGCUUUCAAAAGAGCUUCAUCAACAGAUAUUCAACUUCCAACGCAGGAAGGCUUCAAGCAGGUCAAUGGUCAAAGGGGUUGUGGAAUCCAUUAAUGACAAGCUCUUGGAGAAAACCAAGCAACAUCUUCAGAAGCAUGGGCUGUGGGGAAAAGAAGGUUCCAUCUUACCGGAUGUUGAUUUCAAACUUCCAAGACUCUUUGGUAGUAGCAUUGAUGAGCAUUUCCAGAUUCUUGCCAACAAGCAGAGUGUUUCCUAUCUUGACAUGGCUCAGGAACUUGCAGAAACACUCCCUCCUCCCAUGCCUGAAGACUGGAUUUUCAGUGAAGGAUGGACAAAGUACGUUGAAAAUGAGACACCUGUUCCUGUUGAUUUUCCAGAAGACCAAAGUCUUGUCUUUGAUAUGGAGUGUUGCGUUGCUGAAGGCAAUUAUCCUACGUUGGCUGUAGCAGUUUCAACAAGCGCAUGGUAUUCAUGGUGUAGUCCUCGACUGAUUGAAGAUCAUCUUUCCCUAUCUCAGAAGAUGACCCUGCCAGAUCUCAUUCCUUUAGAGACUAAAAAAGGCUCCAUUAAACCACCCAGUAAGAAAUGGACAGAGAGAUUGAUAGUUGGACAUAAUGUCAGCUUUGACAGAAGCUUUAUCAAAGAACAGUAUCUCUUGCAGGGUACAAAGACUCGUUUCCUGGACACUCUGAGCCUUCAUAUGUGUGUAUCAGGUCAGACCACCCUCCAGAGGGCGCUGUGGCAGGUCAAUGAACGAGGGGGAGGGCGUACUGCUGCACCCUGGAUCCAGAAAAAGCACAAUAAGAAAUCCUUUGGGACUCCAGCCACUGCAUGGUUAGCAGAAAGCAGUCCUAACAAUCUAGCGGAUGUGUACAGAUUGUAUAAUGAAGAUGGCAGCCUACUUGAUAAGAGCAAGAGGGACACUUUUGUCACUGGGAGCAUGGCUGAUAUUCGAUCAGACUUUCAGUCUCUAAUGACAUACUGUGCUCAAGAUGUUGCUGCAACACACAAGAUUAUCAGCAAGCUUCUUCCUAUGUUUCUUGAAAGGUUCCCUCACCCUGUAACCUUUGCAGCCAUGUUAGAGAUGGGACAGGCUUACCUGCCUAUCAAUCAGAACUGGGACAGGUACCUGAGGGAUGCCCAUGAGACCUAUGACAACCUGCAACAAGAGAUGAAACAAUCAUUGAUGCACAUUGCUAAUGAUGCUUGCAACAUGCUACAUCAGGAUAAGUACCGUGAAGAUCCAUGGCUCUGGGAAUUAGAUUGGUCAGUGGAUGAUUACAGGCUCAGGAAGACCAUCCCUCAAUCAGAAAGAAAGAAGAAAGAUGAACAGGAGGAGUGUUCCAAGGAGAAAGAAGUGAAAGGUGAAGAGGAAGAAAGUGAGGAAGAUGCAGAAGAGACUUGCGUUGCUGAUGUACUAAAGACGGCAGUAAGGAUUCCUAAAGUGAAUCAGCAUAUGACUGGAUAUCCUGUUUGGUUCCGAGAGCUAUGCCCCAAGAAGUCCCAUGCUGACUGGUCUCCUGGGCCUUCUCUGAUCAGCUCACAGACUAGGAUCACUCCUAAGCUAUUGCGUCUUACGUGGGAUGGCUAUCCAUUACACUACACCAGCAAGCAUGGGUGGGGCUACUUGGUGCCAGGCAGACCAGAGAGUAAAUAUCAACCCAGAACUGACCCUGGACCCUCCUUCCCUUUGAAGAGUCUGCAAGACAUGAUGUCUUCCCAGACUGAUAAUGUUUCCAGUGAUGACAGUGCUGAUGAAAUUACUGCAAAGGGAAUAACUUCCAAGAUAUCAAGAUCACCUCCAAGUCACAGUGGAAGACUUCCUGUCAAAGACGUCAACAUGCCAGGAUGCUGGUUCUACAAACUACCUCACAAGGAUGGAGCCGAGUUCAAUGUGGGUAAUCCUCUCGCUAAGGACUUCUUGAACAAGGUAGAAGAUGGAACCCUGGGAUCUGGGGGCGGGGCUCAGGCCAACAGGAUCCUGGAAAUCAACAAGUUCAUCUCAUUCUGGAGGAAUGCACAGAAGAGGAUUAGUUCUCAGAUGGUUGUAGGCCUUGAAAGAGGUGAUCUACCACUUUCAGUUCGGAGGAAUCCUGAUUACGAUGAUGAUGGUUUCUACGGAGCUAUCAUACCAAGGGUCAUCACCGCAGGAACGGUUACUAGGAGAGCUGUAGAACCAACAUGGCUGACUGCCAGUAAUGCCAGAACUGAUCGAGUAGGGAGUGAGUUAAAGUCCAUGGUCCAGUGUCCUCCGGGAUAUCAUUUUGUAGGAGCAGACGUUGACUCUCAAGAACUCUGGAUAGCAGCACUCCUGGGAGAUAAAACAUUUGCUGGUUUCCAUGGUUGUACAGCAUUUAGUUGGAUGAUGUUACAAGGGAAGAAGAGCGAAGGCACAGACAUGCAUAGUAUGACUGCUUCGACUGUUGGUAUCAGCAGAGAUCAUGCUAAAGUUAUCAACUAUGGUCGUAUCUAUGGAGCAGGAGAGAAGUUUGCCCUGAGGCUCUUAAUCCAGUUCAAUCACAGGCUAACUCAGGAUGAAGCUCGGCAGAAAGCAAGGGAUAUCUACAUAGCAACCAAAGGAAGAAGACUGUAUCAUCUUUCAGCUACUGGUCAGAGCUUAGCCGAGCAGGUUGAUUUGGAUACAGAGGAGGGUGAUGGUUGGGUUUCACUUGAAGAACUCAAGAUAUUGGCCAAGAAAUCACAAAUUAAAGAGCCUAUAUAUACCAGUCCACAACACAUUGAGAUCACAGAUGGCAGGAAGUGGGAAGGAGGAAGUGAGUCAGCCAUGUUUAAUGGGUUAGAAGAGAUAGCACAGUCAGAAAAUCCUCAGACACCAGUCUUACAGUGCAGUAUCAGCAGAGCCCUUCAACCAGAUACAGUUAAUAAUGAGUUUUUAACAAGCCGAGUGAACUGGGUUGUACAGAGUUCAGCAGUGGACUACCUCCAUCUGAUGCUGGUGUGCAUGCGUUGGUUGUUUGAAAUGUACAACAUUGAUGGCCGAUUCUGCAUCAGUAUCCACGAUGAAGUGCGUUAUCUGGUUAAGAGUGAAGAUAGAUAUCGGGCAGCCUUGGCCCUGCAAAUCACCAAUCUCCUCACCAGAGCUGUCUUUGCUUAUAACAUGGGCAUGAAUGAUCUUCCGCAGUCUGUAGCAUUCUUCAGUGCUGUGGACAUUGAUACUGUAUUGAGGAAAGAAGUCAGUAUGGAUUGUAAGACACCAUCUAACCCUCAUGGGCUACACAAGGGAUAUGGUAUACCAAAAGGAGAAGCUUUGGACAUCUAUGAUAUCUUGAAGCUAACAAACAAUGGAUCUCUGACAAGAAUAUCAUCAACCAGCAACAAGAACCAAGAAACACACAGGGAUGGUAGACCACAUGCAGUCAAGGCAGCUGGCUGAACCCCUUCAUCAUAAGAUAUAUUAACGGCUAAAGUUGGUCGUGGUACUCCUCAAAUUGGCAAUGCUACAUUGUGUCAUCUGCCUUUAUCACAGUUGAUAUAGCUUUUAUUUGUGGUUCAAAUUUUUAAAAGUUGAAACAAAAUGUUGAUAGAAAUAUGCCAUUUUUAUUUUCUGUUUUUUUGUGUAAUUUGUGAAGGAUCUCAAGGCUUAUUUUUAUUUUCAGAUUACCCAUCUCCAAACAUUAAUUAUAAAUGAUUCAAAAAGAGAUAUGUUAAUGUGUUGUCAGUCCUAUUCAUCACUUUUCUUUGUAUCUUGCAUAUAUUUUUUAAGGUUCUUAAUCAAAAGUUAUUGAGGUAAAUUUCUCCUUCUGAUAUGGUGUCCGCAGUAAUGAAAGAGGUAAAAAAGUAGAAUACUGUAAAGUAACAAAUUGUUAUCUGCACCCAUGGAUUAACUGCACCCCCAAUUUCUGCCUCAGCUACAUGUAUGUGCACCUUUGAUGCAAAACUCCAUGGUUGAUAGUGCAUUGCCUUCAUUGCGCUUCUCUCUAACCCAGGUGAUAAACUUCUCUUCCAGCCCCGGCUACCUAGCUGCCUUCACCCUCAUUGUCUCCUUUGUUCUCAGCAUCGCUUUCAGUUUGUCAGUGUUGGCUCACCAUGGUCGGAGGAGACUUGUCCAUCCGUCCACAUGGCAUUCCUUUGGCGAGCCCUUUUUCUUGUUGUCUUUCUCUCCAUGUCUGCAUGAUGUAGCAUAUAUGCUAUCCUGUUGACUUCAUUCUUUUGAAUCUAAACUUUUUUUAAAUUGCAUUUCGAAAAAAAUCAACAAAGGGAUCCACACUCACAGGAGAUGACGAUUGUGUCCCUCAGCCAUUUUGAUAAAUUUUCGAUGAAUUGAUCUGCUCAUUCUUUACUUUUUGUUGUAAUGUUUUCAGCCUCUUCAACUUUUUAAAAUUUAUUUUCUCAACUGUUCCUUAUUCUGAUAACUUCUUUUUGGGGGAGAUCCUUCCUCUUUUUUUUUAGGUAACAGACAUCUUUGCUCCUGUUUUCAUUUCUUUUCUCUUUCAUUCUAUAUUCAUAUUUUUCUUUGAUCUCGUCUCUAAUGAAUAGAUUGCUUUCUUUUUUGCAUCAGUAUAUUUAUUAAUUUGUGAAAUCAUUUCUCCUUUGUUUUUUAGUGUCAUUCUUUUCCCUUUUUAUUUGGUUUCAGUCACCCUUAGAAACAAUUGAGUCUGCCAAAGCUUACGGCAUGUAGCUUAAUGCUUCAGGCCGAUUCAAACUUCGUAAUAAAUUUUUUUAAUAAUUUGCUUUCACACCAGUCUUUUAAACUUGUUUUCUUUUAGGCAUUCUUUCUUCUUUUUUUGAUGGGGCUUUAUAUCCACUUUGGCCUCUUCAGUAUUUUUCAUAGUAACUACAAAAACAUCUUGGGCAAUCUCCGGCCUUUCAUUCCACUGUUCAGUGCCAACCCACUGCUUCUUUAAUCUACUUUCUAGACUUCUUGUGCUCUGUCACCCUCAACUUUUCCAGCGUCAAAAUAAUUGGGUAUGAGAAGCCAUGAAAAAUACUUGAUUCUCAAACCUUGCUUUCUAGACCAACUAUACAACUCAAUAGCAACAAAACUUCCCAUCCCACUUUUUCUUGAUUUCAUUUUCCACACUUUACCAUCUGUAACUCCCUCUUUGUAAUUCUGAUUUCCAAACAACUUUCCUCUACACUUGUCACAGUGUUAACUUUGCUGACCAUGUUUCUACUUCUACCAUUUGAACACAUUUUCCUUUUUAUGUUGCCCACAUGAAGAGAUGUUAAAUUGAGCCCUGUCAUGGUUUUUACAUACUAAAGUGUCCUGUCUGUUUCUCCUUUUCUUGUUUGUGGAUUUUUUUUUUUUUUUUGGGGGGGGGGGGGGGUGGUGAGGGUGUUAGAGGGGCUAGGUGAUGCAACUACUUUUUAGCUCAUCUGGCCCUUUGGGCCAGAUGAGCCUAUGCCGUAGCGUAGUGUCCGUCGUCCGUCCACAAUUUCAAAAUGCUUCUUCGCCAUUUCAAGUCCCGAUUUCAAGUCUGUUUGCUUUAUAUGAUAGCACUAGGUGGGGGAUUCAAAAUUUCUACACAGAAUUUUGAAUCUCAUUAAAUAUGCUAAUUUAUGCGCAUUUUUUAAAAAUUAACAAAUAAUGCUUCUUUAUUUGGUGACCGAUUUUGAAUUUUUGCUUCCAUCUGGUAGAGCUUCUUGAGGUUCACCAAACUUCUACACAGAAUUUUGAAAUUUUGCCUAGAACAAUUUUUAUGCAAAAUUAAUUCAUGCAUAUUUUUAAAAAUUUACAUAAAAUGCUUCUUCUUUAUCUGUUGACCGAUUUUGAUUUUUUUUCUUCCAUCUGGUAGAGCUUUAUAAGGUUCACCAAACUUCUACACAGAAUUUUUGAAUAGGAGUACAAAAUUAUUUAUGCUAAUUUAUGCAAAAUUCAUAAAUCAUAGAAUAUGCCUCUUUAUUUGUUGACUGAAUUUCAAAAUGCUUCUUCUUCGUCUUUUCAAGUCUGAUUUUAAUUCUGUUUGCUUUAUAUGAUAGCAUUAGGUGGGGGAUUCAAAACUUCUACACAGAAUUUUGAAACUCAUUAAAUAUGCUAAUUUAUGCUUAUUUUUAAAAAUUCACAUAAAAUGCUUCUUCUUUAAUUGUCGAUCGAUCAUGAUUUUUUUCUUACAUCUGGUAGAACUUCAUGAGGUUCACCAAACUUCUACACAGAAUUUUGAAAUUUUCGGUAGAAAAUUAUUUAUGCUAAUUUCUUCUAAAUUUAUUCAUAAAUCACAGAAAAUGCCUCUUUUUCUUAUUUGUUGACCGAUUUGAUUUUUUUCCUUCCAUCUAAUAGAGCUGCAUGAGGUUCAUCAAACUUGUGCACAAAAUUUUGAAAUUUUGUCUAGAAAAUUAUUUAUGCUGAUUUAUGCAAAAUUUAUUCAUAAAUCACAAAAAUUUUGUUUGCUUUAUAUGAUAGCUAGAGGUGGUGAUACAAAAUUUCAACACAGAAUUUUGAAAAUCAUUAAAUAUGCUAAUUUAUUCAUAUAUUUUCAAAACUCACAAAAAGUACUUAUUUAUUUGUUGAUUGAUUUUGAUUAUUUUUGUUCCAUCUGAGAGCUAUAUGAAGUUUACCAAGGUUCUUCACAGAGUUUAGAAAUUUUGACUAGAAAAUUAUUUAUGUUUAAUUUAUAUGAAAUUUAUUCAUAGAUCACAAAAAAUGCUUCUAUGUUUCUAUUAUUCUAUUUUUUCAUCAAUUUCAAUUCUAUAUCCUCAAUUUAUGUCACCAAUAUAAUUCACUACAGUGUCAACUUGGCUGAAAUUAAAAUUGUGUUAAAUUUCGUUGCGAGAUGCCGGAUGAGCUCCACAUCAUUGAUGUGCUAUUUUUUUUUUUUUUCAUAAAUUUCUGCCGUAUGGGUGUUUGAUUAUUCUCUAUAUUAUCAAACUAAAUGUUUGUUGGGGUUGAUCGUCCCUUAACCCUAAUUCUCCCCCCCUUGACAAUUUUCGCGAUAUAUCUGCUGCGCAAAUUUUUUUGACCUCGCCGCUCACUGACUUUUUACUUUCAAGUCUCGCGCAAAUUUUGAGACCAAAUUUGUGACGCCCGGGUACACGGUUACGACAUUACGCAACAUUAUGUAAGUGCAUGUCAGACCCAAAAUUGCUCAUAAACGUGAUUUCAUGUACAAAUCCAAUGCAAAUUGUGUAUUUAGCCAAAAUUCAUAAAUGUAUCAUUAUUUCUACUUUUACUGAUUAAACUGAAUUAAUUUUGCCUUGUUUAUGAUCAGAACUAAGUCUGGAAUGAUUUCCAUUG